AGCCAACACAGAUUUAUCGCUACCUGAGGACUAGAAGUAUUGUUCUGCCAAUCUUCUUGCCAAGAUCCUUGUCAUACAUGAAACAGCGUAGAUCAGUAUCAAAUGCAAAAAGAAAAAUGUUUAAGGUGGACUCGAUACUUGGUUCCGUGGUGAGCAGGAUGCCUCAAGAUGAAGGAAAUGGAAGGUUGAAGCAAGAAACUUUGCAAUUGAUAUUUUCUGGGUUUCAUAUUGCAGAAUUUGCUACAGAAGCUGAGUUUGCUGAUAUUGAAGUUUUGCUGGUGAGAAUUUGCCAGAAGAAAAGAAAGGAGUUACCAACACCAAUUGUGCCUGUAUGUUUAGCCAGACUGAAGGUGCCAGUGAAUCCCAAGCCCUUUGCCAGCUACCCUGGUCAGGUGGUUCACAUCCCUAGCGAGACUUUUGCUUACAAGAACGGCCAUGUGGUCCGAUCUCACGUGCUGCUGUUCAAGGUCCAGUGCACCACACUGAGGGAAGCUAGUGUGGCUGCUAAUGGUGAUGGACACUCACCAAAUGACCCUCCAAUAAAAAGGCGAAGAAAUGGACGCAUAUCAUCAUUGGAGGAGGAAGUGUUGACAUUCAACAGGGAGCUUGUGGUGUAUGAUAAAUCAAAGAACUGCCUGUUACUACCAGGAGAAUACGAGCUCGGGGUGCAGACGUCCGAUGGCACGGAGAAACUCAAGCUGACCAAAGUUUGGGAGUCUUUCAAUGGCAAGAAUAUCAGACCCUUAGAGCUGUUCACCGAUUACCCGACUCUCAAGUUUACACUGGCCUGGUUGGAGCCAAGCAGUGUGUUGUCCAAAACAGCCGACAGGGAUGUGUUGUCACCUGGUCACAUUAUUUCCCCUCGCUGUGAACUUCUCAAUGGAACCUCCGAUUUCUCAGCAGCAUUUGAGAAAUGGGUGAAGUCCGAAUACACAUGUGCCAAGCCCAGGGAGAGAGAGAACACCACCCAGCAGACCCCACGCAAACGCCUGCGGGUGUUCUACCAGUUCACACACAAUGACUGCACGCAGCAGGAGACUGAGGCCCGAGAUGAUCUACGGUGUCCCUGGUGUAGCCUUUCAUGUCAGCAGUUGUACAGUUUGCUCAAACACCUCCGUCUCUGCCAUUCCCGAUUUAACUUCUUGUAUAUUCCACAUCCUAAAGGGGCAAAAAUAGAUGUGUCAAUCAACGAACGCUAUGAUGGCUCGUAUGUAGGAAAUCCCCAAGAUAUCCAUUCCCAUGUUGGCUAUGCCUUUAAUCGUAGCAAUCCAGUCCGACGCACACCUAUCACCCAUGUCAUUGUCUACAGACCGAAACGAUCACCCCCAUCUUUAACAGAAUUCCAAGAACCAGAAUCAGAAAGUGGACUUAACAGACAGCUGAUCCAAGGUCACAACAGACUAUAUUUUCAUACUGUGACCUGCCAGCCGGUUCAGCCUCAAGAGCUGGACUCUGAAGGAAAAGAAGAAAGUAAACCAACGUGGCUGAAACAGAAGACAAUCAUGAUGAUUGAUGAGUUCACAGAUGUGAAUGAAGGAGAAAAGGCGCUAAUGAAGAUGUGGAAUCUGCAUGUGAUGGACAAAGAGUAUAUAGGAGACUGCAUGGUCCCACACGCUUGCAUGACCUUUGUAGACGAGCACGGCGAAAAAAUCAUCCAGAAAAAUCUACGCAGGAAUUUUUUACUGCACCUCGUCAACCUGUUUGACUUUGGCCUGAUCAGACCGGAGGUGGUCCAGCGGACAUAUGCAAGACUGGAAAACCUGCGCCAUGAGAUCGUUUCACACUGCAAAAAGUUUUCUUGA